AUGAACAACAAGUGGGAUUACGAGUCCCGCCUGGAGACAACGACGCGCGCUGACUCGGGCUCGUACGACCAGGUUGUCGCCCUCUCACAAGGUCUCAUCAACGAAAACUUGCAGAAGCUCUAUGACGCUUACCCCGACCUACUCUCCAACCUCGACUACCAUGGCGCCCUCGGCAAGUUCAAGGGAAAGAUCCUGGCUCCCGUGAUUUUGAUUCCUGGUGCCGACCAGCAUGGCGCCAACCUCAACGAGGUGAUUAUGAAAUUGAGUUUCACCUCCGGCUCUUUGAAAGGCACAGACGAUGAAUCCCUCAUCGAUGACCUCAACGGCUGGACCUUUGCCGUACGCACCAUGGUUGUCCCCGACAAGCUGCCUGAUCCUUCCACCAUCAAGGAUGAGAAGACGAGGAAGAGGGUCGAGGAGAAGCGGAAGCAGAUCGCGAAGCGUUUCGACCACCCGGGUGACUACGGCAUCGAUCGGCUUUACAUGAAGCUAACCACGGCGCGGUGGGACAAUCUGGACAAUGACCUGUCCUUUGCGGGAUUUGAUGAGAAGGGCAAACCCCUCCCUUACAUUGAAUGGGCGGCGGAUGAGGAUAACGUCCGUACGAAGAAUCUACUAGAGUUUUGGCUGAAGGAAUGGAGUUACGAUAACGAGAAGAACUCUUUGAACUCGCUGGGAUUGACGUUUACGCCUCCAGACACUCCCCAGGUCGAGGCAACUUAUGCCCCCAAGGACGUUCUGCACCAAGUCCACCAAUACAAGAGCGAGCCGAACGGUUACAAGGAUGGUCAGACCGGCAUCGGAGGAGCGGGAGACUGCAACUGCCUCCUAUUCCUCGAAAUGGUUGAUGGCGGCGGCUCCAAACCUCAAGAUCCGCGUCUCAUCUGGUCCGGAAACUUUGCGACCCUUCAGCGUUACGGCCAUCCGGCCAUCCAGGGCACAUUCCUCCUCAACAGCGACAUCUUCAUGAAGAAAUUCCUCCUACCCAACUUCACAUUGUUUAAUCGGCUGACCGAAAUUUACCAUAAGCCCGCUACAUUCUCAGAAAAGGGGGACCUGGUCUUCUUGCACCUCGAGACUGGGGGCGAUCCCGAUUACCCCGACCCCAAUCACCCUGUGUACCAGUUCGAACCCGUGCUGGAAAAUUAUAAUCAGCGGCUGGUCAGGGGGUACAGGUGGAUGAAAACAAGCAAGACGGGUCCAGUGGACCAUGGAGGUGCGUCGUGGUUCAGGGUGUCCACGGAAGAUUCUGCAAAGACGGAAGUAACUUGGAAUGCUGGUAGUGAUGAAGUUGUCAUCAGUGGCUUGUUGAAGAGCCAUGAGGACUGUAGCGGCUCAGGCACUAAGAGUGGUCUCGACAAGCCCUUGAGCUGGCGAGUAGACGAUUACACAAUCACAUGGAAAGUUAGAUGCAAGAUUAUUGCAAACGAACAGGAGGACUCCUCCUCAAGUCUACGCCUAGAGAUCCAAUCUCCUGACAACGGUGCGAGCUCAUACGUCAAUGUAGAUUGGAAGAUGAGGCAUCAGUAUUGGGGUACCGGUGGCGACCCGGGUGGCGUUAAGAGACGUCUGGAGGCAGGGUUGCGCUCCGGGAUCGACGACAUGAUUAAGAAUAUCAAGAAUAAGCUUAAGAAGGCUGGACGACUGACCUACCCCGGCGGUGCUGCCCUGGAUUUCCAGAAUCCCUCCAUGGGGCGAUAUGGCGAUUUGAAUGCUGCUGUCAAGAUGAGGCCAUUCAAAGCCGAUGGUCGCAUCAAAGUACCAGAUGUAAAGGACAACGGCGGCAGCAGCAUGUCCAUACAGCAGCAUUAGCCAUCUCUGACAUGCCACUCGUGAAUCCCGACUUCCGCGGACCGGUCAUCUCCUCGCACAAGCUGACUUGGACCGCACGCUCAUCUACGACACCGGAUAUCGACGGGAAGCUGACUUUGACAAUACGGGGUAGCAACGAUAACUCCAAGACUGUGAGCCUGGCGGCUUGUGUGGUGUUCUUCAAUGUUGGGGACGAUGAGGGCAAUGGGUGUCUAUUUAGGGGUGGGAGCAAAUUCAAGUAUCGCAGUAGAGGUCCAUUUGUCCCUCAGGAAGUUGAGGAGGGGGAAGAAGUCGAUGAGCCCAAGCCGAAGGAUACUGUGACACUCACUUGGUCCCCUGACAUGUACACGACCACCGCAACCAUCAACAGCCCCAAGGACACGCCGGUGGUAUUUCCAGGAACAAACCCGGCACCGGAGCCUCCCGUCGUUCCAUGGGAGAUUGAAAUCCAAAGUGGUGGCUUCUGGGAUGAGGCCAUGAACGUCCCACCCGGGGCAUGGUUCCAGUUGGACAUCACUGGCACCCCUGCCGUGCAUAAAGGUGGCCCCAAGUUGGUGAGGGUGAGGGAGAAGACGCAGGAUAAGGCGGGAAAGAUUAUUGCGGAGUGGGAGAAGGAGUAUCAGGCUGUGUGGUAUGAGUGAGGGGGUGCUGCUUCGGUAGUUGGUAGGCCGGAAAGGACUGAUGAUCUAGGUAGGUAGGCACUGAGUAGGGGGAACAAAAUCAUCGUACUCAAGUAGUAGGCAGUGUAACACGGGAAAGUUUGCAAGGAUAUUACUGGUAGUAGGCAGUUUGAGGCCACAU